AACGCAGGCCCAAAAAGCUAGAUGCGGGUAGGAGUGGAGCCGGCGUCUCAGCACUUGGAACCAUAACAAACAUGGAAUUGACUGAAAGCUUCCUGCGUGACCUGCCGUCCAAGACACCCUUCUACAAACUCGCUUUGCUUCCCUCUCGUACUCGACUGACCUGAUCCACGGUCGAUGCGCAUUUCCCCAUCUCCUAGCCCUGCGUUUCAGCCCACUUGAAACCGAUCCGCGCUCUGGCCAGGCAUGAGGUAACCGAGCCCCUCGAAGCAAUUUAACGACCACGAAACGCCCGGGAUUGUCCUUCACUGCCGAGCAGCUUCAUCCCUCGCGCCUUGCUGUCUCGUAGCACGGACUGGCCUGUGUUUGUUUACCAAGCCCUUUCUAGUCGCCCAUCGCCAUGUCUGAGGAAAUUGAUCCCUCCGAGUUUGUGCAGCGCAUUCGCCAGCUGGGCGAGCAACGUGACCAGCAGGACGCCGACAGAGUAAAGAAGCUAGAGGAGGAGCUGAUACAAGGCCGCAGCGAGAGAUUAGCGCGCAGAGCAGAACGAGCCCGCUCAAUCUCCCCCGACAAGCCCUCGACGUCCACACCACCGUUUCUGCGCUCUGCAACCGAUACCCCACAAAGCGUACAGGAGAGGGCCGCCAACACACCCACGCCGGCCAUGAAUCCGCCACUGCAAGACGCUGCUCGCGACGAUUCGCUGCAGCGCUUGACAAGUUCUCCCACACCGGCAGCGCUCGACGACACAGAAGCCAAGAGACCAGCGACCAGCGCAGCGGCAUUAGGUCGCUCUGGCACGCUGUCAUGGAAACAGAGACCUCAGUCGGGCGGCAUGCGGCGCCCGCUCUCAAUGGCUUCUCCAUCUCGAUCCCCAGAGAGGUCCGCUGCUGCUUCUCCACGCGGCACCCCGGAACCCGCCUCUCCCGAGCCAAACCCCUCGAGAAGCUCCAUCGCAGCGUCGUUGAGCGCCAAAGAUCCCACAUGGUUCCGACAGACGCCAGAUAGGGGAGUCGCCUCGGCAGCAUACAGGAAGAAUCAGGAAGACAACGCUUCGGAGGUUGGGUCAAUAUCAGGCAAGAGGCAAUUGCCGGGCAUGUCACGCGAGUCCACGAUAGAGCCCGAGAUCAGCAGUCCACCCCCGGAGAGUGUGCGCUCAAGUUCGCCAGGCUCGCGGGGUGGCUCUGCGCGUGGGAGUGCCAUGAUGAGCAACCGCUUCUCGACAAACACCUCAAUAUCGGGUGGUGACGCAGAGUCCCUCGCCAAGACACGCUCACAUCUACCAGUGCUCGAUUCACAAAAGUUUGCUCCUCCUUCGGAACAGGACUCGUCAGUCGACGCCGGGGACAGCGCAAGUUCGGCACGCGCGCUCGCCAUGUCACCAACGCAAGGGAGGAUAUCGCCAGAGCGAGAGCGUCCAUCUUCUCCAACAAAGGGCAUGGGGGGCUUCGUACAGAGUGCUAUGCUCAAGCGCAGCGACAGCGUCAGCAAGAGGUGGAGCACACAGACACCUCCAGGCUUGACCAGGCAAAACUCCACGUUGAGCAAUCGUGGAAGCGCCAUAGCUGGAUACGGCACGCUAUCGAAGAUGGAGCGACCGACCAUGAGCAGAGACAACUCCAUAGAACCGUCCUCCCGUCCUGUUUCUAGCCAUAGCAACGCCACCAUCACGCAAAGUCCGGACAAGGACAACACGCUCAAGGAUGUAUUUGUCAAGCCCGCGCUGCCGUCCCAUAGCAGAAGCAAAUCCGUUGCAUCCUUAUUCAGCGAGAAGGACAAUCCUCAAGAUGACACGUCCCCGCCCAGCCCGUCAAAGCGAUGGAGCCCUACAAAAUCAAGCUGGUUAGAAAGUGCGCUAAGCAGGCCAGACUCACCAAAGCUGAAGCAACCGCCACCAGCACAACCUGCAUGGAUGGCUGAAAUAAACCGUAUCAAGCAGCAGCGCGGUAGUGUCGAUCUCGGCAAGGGAAGUCCUUUCCAGAGUCCGCCAGGUGACGCUCCUAGCUCCGGUCGAACAUCACCCAUCAAGGACAUUCAGCUGAAGCCAGUGGGGUUGCGCAGGUCCGAGUCUCCCAAGAAGGAGGAACCCAUCCAGUCGGCCAAGACGAGUACACCAGCAGAGCCAACACCCAAGCCAAAGCCUGUGUUGUCGCCAAAACCUUCUAUCCCCGAGGUAUCUGACAUCAAGCCCUCAGAAGAAGUUCUACCUUCGAAGCUCGAAUCCGAAGUUCCACAAGCAGCACCUGAGCCGUCACCAGCUACUCGCAAACCCGAAGCGCUGAAAACAACUGUCAAGGAGACUCCAGUACCAGUAGCCGACAAACUAGCAGCAUCAAGAUUCGCCAAGGACUCACCACGUGCUGUCCCUGCAGCCAAAGCCAAACCAGAGACUCCGCCAAAGAAGGACUUCCGUGCUGGCUUGAAGCCACGUAACCAGGCUGGCGAUGCCUCGAAGAAGAAUGAAGUGAAUGAGUUCCAGAACGUUUUCGGCAAGCUGAGAAAGGCAGAGACGAAGAACUACGUUGCGCCCGACCCCCUCAAAGACAACAUUACUCGUGGCAAGAAUGCUCUGCACAACACUGGUGGUCCGAAACCUACUGUGCGUCGUGAUGAGUUUAGACAUAGUCUUCAGACUAAGAAGUCGGCCAUACUAGAAAAGGCAAAAGAAGAAGGUUCGGCUCUUAAGAAGGCAGACAGCUCUUCGCAACCGGCCCCAACACCAGAGGCGAUUGCGAAGAGAACUGUUCUGGCUCGGGCAGAUAGUGGCUCGAAACCUACUCUGCCAGAAAAGGAAAAGGACCCUGUUCCCGAAGCUAUAGCUAGGAAGCGAAGCUUGACGGCAAGCAAAGCAGUCAUUGAAGAGAAACCUACACAGCCGGCUCCGUUGUUUACCUCCAAGGAACCGGCUAUAUCCAGUAAACUGGCAGGUCGCUUUAACCCUGCGCUUGCCGGCAUGCUCGCUCGUGGACCACCUCCGUUGGCGACUAAUAAAUCUACCUCAAGUGCUGAGGCAGACGUGUCUCCCACCAAAUCCACACAGGAAGAGAAGACCGGACCUGCUCCAGAACUGCAGCAUAUCACCAAAGGCCGGGCUCGUGGUCCAAAGAGAAGGGCACCGGCUACAAGUAAAGCCACUACAGAAACAGAUACGCCUCAAGAGAAGAUGACCGCUGCGGUCACUACAAUCCCAUUGGUGAAAACUGAACGCAACCCCAGUGACGAAGACGCCGGCCAGGCAGUCGGUAACUGAGAAGCCUGCAACGCCGGUGAAGUCGCCUCGGGUAGCGUCAGGAAACUUUGGAAAGACGUCAACUCCAGAGCCACCCAAAAAGCCGGCAUCCUUGGAACUGGUUCGAAAGAUCUCUGGAUCUCAAGCACCGCCCAAGAAAUCGCCCCGGCCAGACUCCAUCCAAUCGCCGAAACCUUCAUCCCCAGGAGUGCCAAAGAAGCCAGCAUCAUUAGAAAAGGAUAGGAGAGUCUCUGGAUCGCAUAGCACACCGCAGAAAACUCCACUCCCAAAAUCAGUCGACACAGCGAAGCCAGUGUCGUCGUCUCCCUCUCCCACAGUAUCCCAAUCCAGAUUCUCGCGUCCACUGCCUACACUUCCAGCCAAGCCAGUUGCGGAAAGCCCAAGAAAAACUGCGCUCCAAGAGAUAGCGCCUCCGAAUGUGGAGAUCUCACCU